UUGCUGGUUUUUUUUUGAUUUUGACGGAUUUUCGGUAUAACGCGGCUGCUGUUUUUGUUUUUAAAACGCCCUCCCGAUAAAACAAAGGACAAAACGUGCCUAAGAAACGGCGGCACAACCCUUCCGGCCCACAAGCAGAGCGUCCAUCUAAUGGCAAACGGGUCAAGCAAGAGGCAAUGCUGUAAUUAACGUGAAGGGCAAGACGCACACACACACACAUACACGCCUACACAUUGACACACACACACGGGCACACAGCAGCAGCAGCAAGGAGAAGCAUCGUCUAGUCAGAGUCUCCAAAUGGCCAACACCAAUAGGAAUAUGCGUAACAACACGACCAAAGUGGAAGCCCUCAUUGAGAGCUGCCGAAGUGAGGGCAAGUGGCAGAGGGUGAUUGAAUUGACCGACGAACUAAAGACCGGAUCGCCCCACAAUGAGUGCCUGGCCAACUUUUUGGUGGGUGAAGCACGCCUGGAGAACUAUUUGGAGGAGAAUGCUCUUCCCUCCGAGUCGAACUUUGGACGGGCCAAAAGUGGUUUAGCUGAGGCACGGCGUUUCCUUAAUCUGGCUUUGGGUGAGAGUGGCCAGAAGGCGGGCAUAGCUCUCGAUGCCUACCUUCUGCUGGCCAAAUUGUGUUUCGCCUGUGGCGAAUAUGAAACCAGUUUGGAUAACUUUGUCAAAGCGGAGCUUAAUACCCUGGCCGAGAAGGAGCUGACACUACGUAGCCUCAAAAUCUUGGCAGAAUCGUAUGCCAUUAAGGGUCUUUGCCUGGAGCAGCAGAGCUUAAAACCCACUUCCAAGUUCAAGAAGGCCGAAAAGGACACAGAAAUGAUAAGCUGCUUUGAACGUGCCUCGGAUCUGGGACUGCUCUACCUGCAGGAAUAUGAUAUAGUCAGUGGAAGUAAUAAUUCCUCUAAUAAUUCCACCGCCGGCUCCACUCUCAAUGUGAAUGCUUUGAGUGUACAACAAUCGGCGAGUAGUUUUGCCAUCAGCAGCACCAUUCCCAGUGCCCAGAGCAAUGCCACUCCAGAGGUGAAUCGCCGCAUGGGCGCCAUACUGGAGACGGCCCUUCAGCGGGCUCCCAUUGUGUUGAUUAAGACGGGAAAACUACCAACUGCCGUGGAACGUUAUAGAAUCAUGUUGAAUGCGAUUGAAACGAGGGCCACGCAAUCGUUGCGUCUCACACUGGCCCGCCAAUUGGCUGAGGUCCUGCUGAGAGGUGUCUCUGGAACAGUUUACAUUGCCCCCUUUACCACCAAGUCGGGUGGAAGCACUCUACGUGGCGGGAGCUCCUCUAAGAAACUAUGGAAGCCACGUAAAUAUGCAGCACGUCAGCAAUUCUCGCCCAAGAAUCAACAGGAGGAAGUCAUUCUGCUGCUCCUAAUAGCCGAAGCAUUGGCCGUACGUGAUACGGUUCUAUCGCAGAGUCCGGAAUUCCGACAGGCACGUCAAUUUGCCAUGGGCAAUGUCACAGCUGUCUAUGAUCUCCUAACCCUGGCCACUGUACGCUGGGGCCUAGUGCAAUUGCUCAAUGAAUCGUUCGAGAAGGCCUUGAAAUUCAGUUUCGGCGAGCAGCACAUAUGGCGGCAAUAUGGUCUCAGUUUGAUGGCAGCCGAAAAGCAUGCCCAGGCCUUGAGGGUGUUGCAGGAAUCCAUUAAGCUAAUACCAAGUGAUCCGUUGCCCUGUCUCUUGGCCUCGAAAUUGUGCUACGAGAGCUUGGGUGCAGUUAAACAGGGCUUGGACUUUGCCCAGCAGGCACUGAAACGUGAAGUUAAGGGCCUACGUCCAACGCGAAGCCAACUCUUUGUGGGCAUUGGCCAUCAGCAAUUGGCCAUUCAAGCCACAUUGAAGAGCGAGCGGGAUGCGUGCCACAAACUGGCCUUGGAGGAUUUAGAGCGAGCUGUCCAACAUGAUGGCAAUGAUCAUUUGGCCGAGUAUUAUUUAUCCCUGCAGUAUGCUUUACUCAAUCAAUUGAAUGAGGCUCUAACUCAUAUACGUUUCGCUUUGGCUUUGCGCAUGGAGCAUGCUCCGUGUCUUCAUUUAUUUGCCCUCCUCCUGACCGCAUCGAGGCGACCACGUGAAGCUUUGGGUGUAGUAGACGAUGCUCUAUACGAAUUUCCCGAUAAUCUGCAAUUGCUACAUGUCAAGGCACAUCUUCAGCUUCAUCUGGAGGAUCCGGAGACAGCUUUGGCCACUGUCCAGCAUAUGCUGGCCGUUUGGCGUGAUAAUUACGAGGCUCAAUUAACCGCCGAAGAGGAGAAGCAUUCCGAUACCAAGAGUGGCGUUCAUUUAGUCCAUUCCUCACAAAUGUCCGAUAAGGAUUCAAAUUCCGUCUAUGCUGCUUCAUUGGCUGCAGUGUCCCGUGUGGAGCAGGCCUUGAGUGAAGCGGCCAGUUCGUUGAGUUCAUUUACACAAAAACCAGGACCACGUAGACCCUGGAUGCUCCAAAUUGAGAUUUGGCUAUUGCUUGCGGAUGUCUAUUUGCGAAUUGAUCAGCCCAAUGAGGCAUUAAAUUGCAUACACGAGGCCUCACAGAUAUAUCCUUUGUCGCAUCAAAUAAUGUUCAUGCGUGGUCAAGUCCAUGCCUAUUUGGAUCAAUGGGUCGAUGCUAAGCAAUGUUUCCUCAAUGCUGUGGCCGCCAAUCCCAAUCAUACAGAAGCUUUGCGUGCCCUAGGUGAAACGCAUUUGAUUUUGGGUGAGCCACGUUUGGCCGAAAAAUUGCUUAAAGAUGCAGCCAAAUUGGAUCCCAAUUGUCCCAAGAUAUGGUUCUCCUUGGGCAAAAUAUUGCAAACUUUGGGCGAUUAUAAUGCAUCAGCUGAUUGCUUUGCCACCUCAUUGCAAUUGGAGCCAACGUGUCCCGUACUUCCGUUUACCUCGAUACCAUUAAUUUUUGAAUAAGUGCAUUUGUCUUUUUUUUUGUCUUUUUGAUUAAUUUUGAUUUUUUGUUGUUUUUACAAGUAUUUAGUACCUCAAUUUAACCUUAACUGAACAGCAAUAUUACUUACUUAUUGAUAAAAACACAAAUGUUUAAAACAAAAACGCAUUAACUUUAUAUUUAAAGUUGUUUUGCCCCCUUCCCUCUCCCAGGUUUGAAGCCUCUUUUUCUGUUUUGUUGUCAGUAUUAGCAACAAAUGUAUUUUUUGUGUGUAUUUAUUGUAUAUGUAAAUGAAAUUAACAAAAAACCUAAACCAAUAUAGAUAAAUAUUGAUAUUGUAAUUGAUAAAAAGGAAGGAGUUAAACAAAAAAAAAAUGUUAUCCGUCACAAAAACAAAAAAUGAAAAUCUAUGUACUAUAUAUAUAUAUAUAAUGUGUGUAGGUAGUUUACUAACUUGUGUAGAAAUCUAUCUUAAACAUUAUUGCAAUUGUAAAAUCCAAUUUUUGUGUCUGUGUUUUGUUAUUUAUUGAAAUAUAAUAAUGUAUUUGGUUGAAGAGACUAAUAAUGAACAUGCUCUUGCUUUAAAUUUAACUUUGUUUUUGGGAUGUUUCCUAUGCCGAGUUGUAUACAUAUUUUUUUCACUCUAAAUUAUCAGCAUUUCCAGGGAAACAUAAUUAUCAUGAAUUCAUAGACAUUAAUAGAAUAUUCAAUUGGGUUAAAGAUUUAUAAAUAAAUUAUUAUAGCUUGAUAUUUGUUCA